AUGGGCCUUGAGAUACCAACACACACAGGCUUCACAAAUCUGCUCUUCAAGUACAUAAUUUGCAGGGGCUGCUUUGAUGCUGCUUCAGGGAGGCAGUGCCAGCAGUAUAAAAGAGCUUUCACGACACUGCAGCUUAACAGUUUCAACACUGUUUUUUUAAGGGAAACAAAUAUUCCAGAAAGUAUUAUAACAGGAGAAAAAGUAGCUGAGGAGGCCAGCCUAUGCUGGCCAGUAGGGGCACUUGCUCACGCUGGCAGCUGCCAAGUGUGAGUGCCCUGGAUGUACAAACUGCUAUUAAGAGAUGAUUUGCCCACCCAUCAGUAGAACAGUAUCGUUCAGGAGUUAUGUGACUCUCUGACCAUGGCCAAUGGAAAGGGUGUAAUUGUGACAAGGGAUAAAACACAGUGUGUGGAGGCAAAAGAUCACAAUGUGCAGGAGAUCGGAACUCUGCUGCCAAUCCCACCAGCAAUCUACAUGUCCAGCACUGAGUAUUGCUCUGAAGUUGCUAGAGCAAAUAGCCAUGAGCUUCUUGUCGUGCCUUCAUCUUACAACUAUCUCUAUCUUAUGGAUAUCUCCCGGUCUUCUCUGAAAUGCUUCAAUAUAAACAACAGGAAGCACUUUGUCCUGAGGUCUGUUGAGAAGACCCACUCCUACAGGUGUAUACUUUUCAGGGACUUGAUUGUUAAAGGAAUAGAGAAGAUUACCCCAAACAAAUGCAAGGCGAUUGGUAGAGUGAAGAGAUGGGAGAACUACUACCUUGGCACACAUUCUUAA